ACCACAACAGCCAGAGCUGGACCAGAUUGAAACCAGGAGCCAGGAGCCUCAUCUGGGCCUGCCAUGCGGGUAACAGUGAUGCAAGGAGUUGGACCAUCUUCUGCUGAUUUCCCAUGCACAACAGCAGGGAGCUGGAUCAGAAGUGGAGCUGCUGGGACAUGAACCAGUGCCCAUGUGGGAUGUUGGAGUCCCAGGUGGCAGCUUAACUCACCACACAACAACAUCGGCCCUGAGAUCAUUGUUAACAAAGCUUCAAACAUGCAAAUCACUGUCUUGUUUAUGGAUGUGCACAUAUCUAAAUAAAACAAGCAUGUGUACAUGGGAAUAAGAGAAGCUAACCCAGGAAAGCAUUCAUCUUUGGAGAGAGAGGACAGAGAGAGUAGAGCAGGGCUUCGAAUCUCUCACUAAUGUUUCAUUUCUUCUAGAAAAGCUGAAGCAAAUUUGGGAUAAUGUUCAGAUUGUAAGCAGAGGCGAGGAGAAUGUCCGCAGACUGGGAGGCUCAAGGUAGGAGGGUGGAUGGGUUUGCGUGAGUUUGUCAGCACUGUGUAACUUCCAGUCCUGGAUGGCCAGGCCAGCUGUGAGGGCCCCAGCUGCUGUCUCAAACUGUAAGCACCACUAACUGUGUCAUUUUUGCACAGAGAGCGUUGUGAGAUCUAGAGAAACAGAGAUGGAGGAGAUGUGAUCAACAAACCCAAGAUAAAAUGAGGAUUUCUGAGAACCAGAACAAGCUAGAAAAGCAAGAAAAGGUCUAAAUUUUGAGUCAGUCAGGAAAGCAAUUGUUGUGUCCAAUUCCAAAGCCAGAAAUCUUUCAGUGAGCUCUGCAUAAACAACUUUGUUUAUUCUGAUCCAAGACCAACUGAAUUAAUAUAACUCAUGUUAUUAUAAAUGUUGGACUGUUGAUGUUUGCAGUUGAGUACAUUCAAGCUGUGUUUUAUGAAGCCAAUGAAAGAGGUUGCAGGAAGCCAAGACAAAAGGAAAAUCAAAGACCAUGGCCAGUGUCAGAAGGUCCACUGGAGCUUCUAACGUAGCUCGCUGUCUGUUUCCCUCUUUCCCAAGACCACCCCCUCUCCAGUCUUUGUUUCUGUCCUCUCUUUGGCAUAGCAUUUAACCGGACUGAAAAAUCCAAGAAUACCAGUUGAAGUGCUUAAAGAGUAGGGGAGUGCAGAAGAAUGAUUUUACCUCUGUUACAUUGUUUUAAGAUGCAGGACAGUCACUUAGAGUGGCUAUAAUGUAGCAGGGUAUGCAGAUGUAUAAUACUAACUGAUUAUUUUGAGCAAGAAACAUAUGCUUUUCAAGUAACCCAGGGAAUGUAUGCAUUUGUCUUUCCUUUGUAAGAUUUAUGCACUAACGAGGCGCAUGACAUGAUUGGAUCUUUCUGUCCUGCACCCUCUCUUCUCAUUUCUUUCCCAGACAUAACCACCUAUCCACAGGUGAUGCGAUGUCUUCCAGCCUCUGCUCUAUUGCUUUGCAUGGAAGAAUUCACGUCCUCAUAACCAGGAUCUUGCAUUUGUCCGCCACACAUUGUUCAUGCUUCACAUUUGGGAGAAAUUCUAUGUGGCUGUACAUCUAGAUAACCUCAUUGUCUUUAAAAAUUCCUCACGGUAGCCCAUAGAAUGGUUGACCCAUAUUUAUUUAGCAUUUCCACUGCUCAUGUCUCAUUGCAGAUUUCCUGGGUUUUCACCAAUAAAAGCAGUCCUGCAGUGAACAUUCUGGUACAUCCAUCAUUGCAGUAGAGGACGGAUGAGCCUUAGUGCAUGCCAGGAUCCGGGAAUUACAAUCGUAUUGUCAGGAAUUGGCCUUCAUGUCUUUGGCUUUGCUUUCCUUUUGAUUGGCCUCAUUUUCAGAGUCUCACAUCAUGUGUUGGCAAAUACACCUUUACCUACUACAUUUUCCCUCCAUCGAUGAGACUGAAGAGGCUGGCUCUCGCUGGACCAGCCUGGGACAUCUUGUCUCUAGCACCAUAGCUCAAUGGUUAAUAUUCACCGAUCUCAUGGAGUUGGUUUUUUGUUUGUUUUGUUUUGUUUGUGGUGAACCAGGGAAAAAUAGACAUUCUAAUAGUAUCUAGAUUGGUGUCAUACAUGCCAAAACAUUCUAAGUAUUUUCAUAAUCUUUGUUAAGCUAAUGAGAUGAGUAUGUUGUUUAUAUAAAACAUUAUAUGUGAGGGUGAAUCAUGUUACAGAUUGGGUAUUAUUGAUGUUUUUAAAAAGAGGCAGUCUUUCAGUUCAGAAAAAUGUUGUCAAAUACAUUUACUAAAAAUCCAUUGAUGUGAUAAACACAUAUCUUACUACAUUAUUUUCCAAACCAUAGCAGAAAAUAUAUAUUUUAUUUAUUUAUAGAACAAUGCUGUUUAAAUUCUGCUGUGUACUGUGCCAGUGGCUGGGAAUGAAAUAUUGAUUACAACAAGUUACCUGCACUCGGUUUUCUUACAUUCUUGUUGAGGCCACAGACUAGAAAUAGGUAAACAAAUAAAAAAAAGAACAUGGGGGCCGGCACCGUGCCUCAUUUGGUUAAUCUUCCACCUGCAGUGCUGGCAUCCCAUAUGGGUGCCUGUUCUAGUCCUGGUUGAUCCUCUUCCAGUCCAGCUCUCUGCUGUGGCCCAGGAAAGCAGUGGAGGAUGGCCCAAGUGCUUGGGCCCCUGUACCUGGCUCCUGGCUUUGGAUUGGCGCAGCGCUGGCCAGGAGCCUCAUCUGGGCCUGCCAUGUGGGUAACAGUGAUGCAAGGACUUGAACCAUCUUCUGCUGAUUUCCCAUGCACAACAGCAGGGAGCUGCAUCAGAAGUGGAGCUGCUGGGACACAAACCAGGGCCCAUGUGGGAUGUUGGAGUCCCGGGUGGCAGCUUAACCUGCCACAGAACAACAUCAGCCCUGAGACCAUUGUUAACAAAGCUUCAAACAUGCAAAUCACUGUCUUGUUUAUGGAUGUGCACAUAUCUAAAUAAAACAAUCAUGUGUACAUGGGAAUAAGAGAAGCUAACCCAGGAAAGCAUUCAUCUUUGGAGAGCAGCCAUUUGGGGAGUGAACCAAUGGAAGGAAGACCUUUUUCUGUGUCUCUCUCACUUAUUGUCUAUAACUCUACCUGUCAAAUAAGAAGAAAAAAGAACAUUCCAGGCUGUGAUAUACUAUGAAGGAGAUAAAAAGAUCAUCAGAUGAGAAGUAAUUGGAGAAGGAAAUUUCAGGGAAAGUGGCUAAGGAAGACUUUUCUGUAGACAGAACAUGUGAAUUGCAACCUGGAGACCAAGAAAGCAGGUUCAGUUCUACAAUUACUCUCUGCGGUAGAGUACCACUUGCCACGUGUGGCCAUUGAGCACUUGAAUGUAGCUUGUUCAAAUAGAAUUAAUUUAAGGCUAAAAUAUACAUUCACUUCCAAAGUAAUAUGAAAACACAUCAAACAUCUUGUGAAGAACGGCAUUAAAAGAUAAGUUUAUGGGGGGGCACAUUGUGGUACAGUGGGUUAAGCCAGGCUGUGACACUGGAAUCCCAUAUCAGAGUGGCAGUUCGAGUCCUGAUUGUUUUGCUUCUGAUCCAGCUUCCUGCUAAUGUGCCUGGGAAAGCAGUGGAAGAUGGUCCAAGUCCUUGGGCCCCUGCUACCGAUAUGGGAGAUCUAGAUGGCUUCUGCUUGGCCCAGCUCAGCCAUUGCAGCCAUCUGGGGAGUGAACCAGCAGAUGGAAUGUCUCUAUCUGUUCCUCUUUCCCUCUCUCUUUCCCUCUCUCUGUAACUCUGCUUUUCAAAUGAAUAGAUAAUAAAUAAAUCAUUUUUUAAAAGCUAAGUUUAGGGAGCAGGUAUUUAGCCUACACUUAAGAGGCCCCUGUCUAAUAUUGGCGUGCCUACAUCCUAUUCCUGGCUCAGGCUACUGAUUCCAGUUUCCUACUACUGUAGACCAUGGGAGGCAGCAGUGAUGGCCCAAGUAAUUGAGUUCCUGAUACUCACGUGGGAGACCUGGCUCCUCUCUUUGACCUGGCCUAGCCCUGCCUAUUUUGGACAUCUGGGACGUGAACUGGCAUUCAAAUGCGAGUGUUUCCACUCUCACUCUUUGUCUCCACUAUCCAUUGAAUAUUAAAAAAAAUAAAAAAGAUAACUGUGUUUGGUGCAAAUUGAACAGCAUGCAUCGUGUUUUCAUAAUAUGUUUUCCACAAACAUGUUUCUAUUUCUUAGUUCUGUUCUUGGUAGCUUCGGUCUAUUUGCUGUUAUUAACAUGUGUUUUUCAUCUGUUUUUCCUCUUCCUGAAGGUGAUUGCAACUGAAUUUUUGUGGUAGAUGUCUCUCCAGGGAUCUAAGUCUGAAAUAGGUACUGACUGAAAUGUAUGUAGUAGGUCUCCUCUGAGGAGCUCAGUCCUCAUGUGUACUGACUGAGAUGUCCAAAUAUAAAAAUUCAGCGUGUGAUCAAACUUAACAGAGCUCAGAAUUCAGGGGUAAUGGCUGGUAGAGAAAGCACAGAACACUGACACAUUGCUUAGAGGAGCUACAUCAUUAGUCAUGUUCCCUUAGAAAUGAGCACAAAACAGGUAAAGGAAGACUGAGUUCGGGGGGUGGGCAGAGCUAGCAACCCAAGGUCAUGGCAGCAAAGGGCAGGAUUUCUGUGGGGAGCUACAGCAGAUCACGGAGAUCUAGUGCCACCCUCUCCGUAGUGCAGGAGGUUCUGUCGUGCUGUAAAAGUCGCCCCUGUUUGCAUGUUGAGACAGAGUUUUAUUCUACACAUUGUUUUGGUACUGGUGGUAAUGUUCCUGGCUUCGGCGUGCCUCUUUUUGAUAUGUCUGUCAGGGUGCUGGCAAGUUCACCCACUUUUAAUAACAUUAAAUUAAUUCACUGCAGAGAGCAAGCAGAAUUUGUGUGUGUGUGUGUGUGCGCGCGCGCGCGCAUGCAGUGUUAUUCUCAUUUUUCAUCGUGGCUUGUGUCAUAGGAGAGAGAUUGACUGCUAAGCAGAUGCGUGUUAGAUGUAGCAGGUGCAAGGUUAAAUAUUAGCCUGUGAGCCUUUGAGGACCCCCAGAUGUGAUGUUUGUUAUGCAACCUGUACUAACAGUUUCGUGAAGAGAACUCUUCCCCUACUGGUGUGAGAGUUGAGUCAUAUCCUGUGAAUCUGAAGCAAGGGUAUUUAAACAUCACGGGUUCUCUUCCUUUCAUUCUAACUCGCUGCAGUUCAGAGCAGCAAGUGCUCUGUGCAGGAGGCUGUUGCUCUGGCUUGGAGGUGAGCAGCUUCUCUUGCUGGUGUUCAGUGAAGGCAGCCAAGUCUGGAGAUGCAGUUCUCUCCCUGGAGUGAAAGAUGUUUGGUUCAUUUCUAACCAACUAUGCUAGAUAGCUGUAAGCUGAAAAGUGCCUGCAAUUUGCCACUUAUUUGUCAGAAGAAAUUAAACACUGCUGGAACCAGUAAUGCGGGUGUCCCCUUGGCGGAUCCAGGAAUGUACCAGUUGGACAUUACAUUAAGAAGGGGUCAAAGUUUAGCUGCCCGAGAUCGAGGAGGGACGAGUGAUCCAUACGUGAAGUUUAAAAUUGGAGGAAAGGAAGUUUUUAGAAGUAAAAUCAUACACAAGAACCUCAAUCCUGUUUGGGAAGAAAAAGCCUGCCUUCUUGUUGAUCAUCUUAGGGAGCCAUUGUAUAUAAAGGUAUUUGAUUAUGAUUUUGGCCUACAGGAUGACUUCAUGGGCUCGGCCUUUCUGGAUCUCACACAAUUGGAGUUAAGCAGGCCCACAGAUGUGACCUUGCCGCUGAAGGACCCUCAUUAUCCUGACCAUGAUCUUGGAAUCAUUUUGCUCUCAGUGGUUCUCAGCCCUAAAGAAGGGGAAUCCAGGGAUGUGACAAUGCUAAUGAGGAAGAGUUGGAAAAGAUCAAGUAAGGAGCUCUCAGAAAAUGAAGUGGUCGGAUCUUAUUUCUCUGUGAAGUCUUUCUUUUGGAGGACGUGUGGCAGGCCUGUUCCUCCAGUCCUGGGCUUCUGCAGAACACAGCUUCAGAAUCCUUGUUGUUCGAGUGCACAAUUUCAGACGCAAAGUUUACGUCUGUCAGACCUACACAGAAAAUCACACCUUUGGAGAGGAAUCGUCAGCAUCACCUUGAUCGAGGGGCGAGAUCUGAAGGCCAUGGACGCCAACGGGCUGAGCGAUCCCUACGUGAAGUUCCGGCUUGGGCAUCAGAAGUACAAGAGCAAGAUCAUGCCAAAAACCUUGAAUCCUCAGUGGAGAGAACAAUUUGACUUUCAUCUCUAUGAAGAAAGAGGAGGCGUUAUUGAUAUCACAGCCUGGGACAAAGAUGCUGGGAAAAGGGAUGAUUUCAUUGGCAGGUGCCAGGUGGACCUGUCAGCCCUCAGUAGGGAGCAGACGCACAAGUUGGAGUUGCAGCUGGAAGAAGGUGAGGGACACCUGGUGCUGCUGGUCACUCUGACAGCCUCGGCCACGGUCAGCAUCUCUGACCUCUCCAUCAACUCCGUGGAGGACCAGAAGGAACGGGAGGAGAUAUUAAAGAGAUAUGGCCCCUUGCGGAUCUUUCACAACCUGAAAGAUGUGGGAUUUCUCCAGGUGAAGGUCAUCCGAGCAGAAGGAUUGAUGGCCGCUGACGUCACAGGUAAAAGUGACCCGUUCUGUGUAGUGGAGCUCAACAAUGAUCGGUUGCUCACACACACGGUCUACAAGAACCUCAACCCCGAGUGGAACAAAGUCUUCACGUUCAAUGUUAAAGAUAUCCAUUCGGUUCUUGAAGUGACAGUUUAUGAUGAAGAUCGGGAUCGAAGUGCUGACUUUCUGGGCAAAGUCGCUAUCCCAUUGCUGUCUAUUCAAAAUGGUGAACAGAAAGCCUACGUCUUGAAAAACAAGCAGCUGACAGGGCCAACAAAGGGGGUCAUCUAUCUUGAAAUAGAUGUGAUUUUUAAUGCUGUAAAAGCCAGUUUACGGACAUUAAUACCCAAAGAACAGAAGUACAUUGAAGAGGAAAACAGACUCUCUAAACAGCUCCUCCUAAGAAACUUUAUCAGAAUGAAACGCUGUGUCAUGGUGCUCGUGAAUGCUGCCUACUACGUUAAUAGUUGCUUUGACUGGGAUUCACCCCCAAGGAGUCUCGCUGCCUUUGUGCUCUUUCUCUUUGUUGUCUGGAACUUUGAGCUCUACAUGAUACCGCUGGUCUUGUUGCUGCUGUUAACAUGGAACUACUUCUUGAUAGUAUCAGGGAAAGAGAACCGGCAGCGUGAUACGGUAGUGGAGGACAUGCUAGAGGACGAGGAAGAAGAAGAUGACAAAGAUGACAAGGACAGUGAAAAAAAGGGAUUCAUCAAUAAAAUCUAUGCCAUCCAGGAGGUAUGUGUCAGUGUCCAGAACAUCCUAGAUGAAGUGGCUUCCUUUGGCGAAAGGAUCAAGAAUACUUUCAACUGGACUGUCCCAUUCUUAAGCUGGCUGGCCAUAGUCGCCUUGUGUGUGUUCACAGUCAUCCUGUACUUCAUUCCACUGAGAUACAUUGUCCUUGUCUGGGGUAUCAAUAAAUUUACGAAAAAGCUUCGGAGUCCAUAUGCAAUUGAUAACAAUGAACUGCUAGACUUCCUUUCCAGAGUCCCUUCAGAUGUACAAGUGGUGCAAUACCAAGAACUGAAACCAGAUCCUUCUCACAGCCCAUAUAAAAGGAAGAAAAACAAUCUUGGCUAGCCAGCUCCCAGCGCUGAGGAGACCGGCAUCUGUCUGGGAAGAGAGAAGAAAAAGCCUUCAGCCUCAGCUGCAUUUCCUUUCUUUCUGCUUUUUAUUUAUUUUGUCUUUUUAUCACGAUUGAGAGAGUUUGUAAAUAGUGUACAAAGGCAUAUGUCUUUGGAAAUAUACUUCCAUUGUACAGACUCAACUUGAUAAAGGUUUAGCUACUGCUGUGUGAAAGCCUUGUUAGCUGUGGAUAAUAAUCUAACACACUGCAAGAAAAAAUUUAAGAAUAUCAUUGGAAGAUACACACGGCUCUAAUUACAAGUGGAAGAACUAGAAUAUUAGAUGAAAUGUUCAACUGUGUCCUGACUAAAUCUACACAAAAUGUAAAUGUCGAUUUGAUGUUAGUUUUUUUUUUCUAAAUGUGUCUAUUUUUCACCUGAAAAGUAACCAAUUACAGUUUCCUAUGUUUUAUACAUUUCUAAAGGGGGGGGGUCCCAAAGCUUGAAUAAUGGAAUGGAUGCAUUUCAAUUCAACAUAGAUCCUGACACCCACUCCUGUGCAAAUUACUUAUUAGCUGGAAUCGGCCUCAUCAGACCUAAGUGAAGAUACACUCCUACCCUCCACCCCCCCCCCCCCCAGAGGAGUUUUCAACUCUGAAAUCCUAGAAAAAAAAGAACUUUCAAACCUUCUAUCAUUCCAUCAAAAAGAAACCUUGAAAUCUCUACAGGACUAUACAACCAAAAUACUGCCAGGUUUAUAAAUGAUUGCCUAUGUGAAUUUUAUACCUACAACUACUUUAAUUCAUACCAAAUUAGCAUCCCAGUUCAGUUGUCAACAAUACUAGCUAACUAAACCCAUAUUGCUUUUGGUGUCAGAAUAUACCUUUGUGCAUCUAAAAAUUAUUUAAUACUCAAGUGUUCUCACAGAAAAAGAAAUAACCUGCCUUCUCAUCAGGUUACUGAAAUGCUUUAAUGCAUACUGUGGUUUUUGUUAUUAGUGUGAAUUUUAAUAUCAAGAAGAAUGUAGUGUGCUAAGUGAUAUGCCAGUGUUUCAUUACAUUCAUUUAUGAAAAAGUAAUCUCUUGAUAUGAAUGCAUGAAAACUUGUUUUGUAAAAUAAACUGCUUAUUGGGGGUGGGGGGUACCUUUAAAAACGUUUCACUACCUACCAUGGAAUCCACACGUAGAAACUGCAUUCCCAACUCUUAAUGGUAGUUUUUGUAUCUAACUCCCUGAUACAUGGAGGGAGCAUACCUCUGAAGAAAGUGGUCAGUCAGUUGGUGAGAAUGUUUUAUUACUUCCCUGACUUGGUAGGGAAUUCAACUCAGUUGAAAUUGCUGCAGACAAUGUUUUGCACUACUUUAUUAAUAAAAUAGAUGGGGAUAGGGUUAAGGUGGGGGCUGUGGUAGGAAGGUCAAAAGGAAGAAAUACAGAUUUCAUUCUAGAGAAAGAUUCUUUAAUCUCAUCAAAGCUGAUUUUUAAAGUAUUUUUAUUUUAGAGAUAUGUUGUUAAAAUACUAUUUCUUAUACUAGAACUAUUUUGAUCUGUUUAUACACUAUGCUUGAAAGAAUGUCAAUUAAAUUCCCUUUCUACAGAAAGGCUUUGACCUCAGUAUGCUCUAUCUAGCACAUCAUGUUUAAAACGACAUGCUUAUAUUCGCAUACCAUCACUGUUCGUUGCUGAAACAAUAUUCCAUAAAGUUGAUGUUACAACAGAAAGUUUACUGAUGAGUUAAUUUGUUUGAAAUAACCUGUGAUUAUUCUUUUGUGAGAUUUAUGUUCUGCGCUGUCUACUCAGAUGUCUAUAAGCCUGAUAUUCUACAACCUCAGAAGUAUCAAGUGGAUAGUAACCAUUAACAGAUGACUAAUUUGUUUCAUUGUAUCAGAUUCCAGGUGUUUAGUUCAACGGUAUUGUUAACUACACAUUCACUGCAUUAAAUACAAAAGAAAACAAUC